AUGCGCUCGAACCUCGACGCCGGGUCCAAAAUCGCAUGGCACAGCGGAGAUUUCGUCGUUGUGAAAUUAUCAGGCAAACGUGCAGACAAGGGUAAAGCGGCGCAGACAGAAGAUGCACCACCUGAUACGACCAUCGAACACUUCCAGCAAUCACCGGGCUCGGAACGGACAUGCCUUACUUCCAGUGUAGUACAGGCACCCCGACAAGGCUUUGGCGUCGCCACACCUGGAACGUUCUCUGGGGGACUUUUGUACGAUGUCAGCUUUCUUUCCUUCGAGAAUAGUUCCGGAGAAGAUCUCUUGCCGAAUUUAUUUGCGCCAUCUCAGGAAGCAAUCCAUGACUUGCCUUCAACGCAUCGCAGUUCCACUGGUGGAGACCAGAUAUUGGACGAUCGCAACGCCUCCAGUGCGGCAGCCAGUCCACCACAAAAUGAGACGCACCUUACUUCCAUUGAAAGUAGUGCUCAUAUGGGGGGGAACCAGGCUUCCUGGCAUGAGACUUCAGCCUCACGAGCCUCCAGUAGUCCCAGCGACAUCGGGAGUGAUGUUCCCAAAUGGCUCAGCCCACUGCAUAUGGCCUCUUUAAAAGGCCAGACUCGAAUCACAAGGAUACUGCUGGAGCACAACGCGGAUUGCAACGAACAAGACAGCGACGGUCACACCCCACUCAUGCAUGCUGUCAUGAGUGGAAGCGAGGAAAUGAUCGGUGUCCCCAUGGAGACGAGAGAACCCGGCUACUCGAAAGUUACGAUGACUCUGGGCGGACACAAUUACACAUCGCCAUUGAUGAAGAAUUUGAGGAGGCUGUAUUGUUGUUACUACAAUUUGGGGCAAAUCCAUGCUCAAGGAAGUGGGGACAAGAGACGAACGACGAAUUGA